AUGGAAGAAAAUUUAUAUACCGAUGCAUUUCUGGAGGAAGUGCUAUUAAAAAUGCAGCCUCCCAAGCCACAAAAAGUUUUGACUUCUCAAGCGAUAGUGCAGAUGGUUGUGCUGGUUGACGGUGGCGCUGUAAUGAUGUGUGCCAGAGAACAUGGAUUCGUAACAACUGGUUUUAUCACUGUCAUUGCCGUUCCUCGUGUUCAUUUUGCAUCGCUUUACUGA